AUGAAGUCUGCUGUCCUGAGAUCGCUUGAUCCCCUUGACUCCCUAGGAUACCCCGUCGGCAUGGCCUUCAAAUCUCUAGCUUUGCUCGCCGCUGCCCAGCUGGCAUCUGCACAUUUCGGCCUCGAGUAUCCCGUCUGGAGAACAGACACGCUAGCCAAUGAGGACGGUCCAUAUUCGCAGUGGACGUAUCCAUGUGCUGGAGUUCCUAGCAAUCUGACCAAUGCCAACCGGACCGACUGGCCACUCGCUGGCGGCUCCAUCGUGCUCGACCUGCACCACCCGUGGGCAUACAUCUUCAUCAACCUAGGCUUGGGUGACGGCACAGUCACCAACUUCAACUACUCGUUGACUCCCGAGUUCCUCAACUCAACCGGCAAGGGCACUCUGUGCAUCCCCACAAUCCCCUUGCCUUCCGAGCUCAAUGUUACCGACGGCACGCCAGCAUCGAUCCAGGUCAUCACCCUUGGCGAGACCGGAACAUCCCUCUACAACUGCGCCGACAUCACCUUCCGCGCCAAUGCCACGGCUCUCAGCGGUGACGCCUGCAAGACGGACGAGGGCGUCAGCUUCGUUGCUGUGCAGCAGCAGUCGAAUGAUACCGCGACCAAUGGCACCACUGGUUCCAACUCUACUAACUCCACAGACAGCGGUAGCGGGGAGAGUGCAGGCAGCGCAACGGGUGUGAGCAUGGUGGCUUUAUCGAGUGUGGUUGGACUGGCGGUCUUAUUCUGUCUUGGAAUCGGCGCUUGA